AUGCCGUCUGCGGGCGCAGGGCGCGAGCGCUACUGGGCGCAGUGCGUGGCGGAGUGCCGUCGCCGCGCCGUGCAAGCGCUGUGCCGCUGCAGCCCGUACACCAAGCCCGCCGACAACCCCCGCGCCGUCUGCUCGCUGGAGCACAUGGCGUGCCUGGACAAACACAAAGAGAAGCUGUCCUUUUUCUACCCGGGGGAGCAUGCGGAUGAGAGCCUGAGCCAGGAGCAGUCGGACUCCGUUGAGUGCUUGCACUGCCGCCCCGACUGCGCGCGCCUGCUCUACGCCGCCACGCUCUCGACCGUGCCGUACGGGCCUUUCGUCAAGAAGGCGUUCUACAAUCAUUUCGCUUACGGACUAAAGCUGGAGAACGGAACAGUCAUCAGAAUCUAUUUCAAUACGAAGUCCCAGCAACUAUACCUGGUGGAGAGCAAUUUGCGUGUUUAUGAAGUUAUUGCUUUUAUGAGCAGUCAAUGGGUGUUUGUGUUGGGCAUGACUUUGAUCAGUGUGAUGGAGUUCGUCUACCACUGCACCAUCAGAUGGCACCACCAUUACAAGCGGCGAUGGCGACGCGACAGAAACCUGCCUAAGUGUAUGGACUUUUGGGGGGAAAAUGAUUUUUAUGGGCAGUAA